UCGUUUGUAGCGUUGUUGCUUGUUCAUCGCCGCCGCUAGCUUUGUCGCCUUGUUUUCCGCUCCCUGGUGGGAAUUAACCUGUUUGUUUGGUUUUUCCUUCUUCCUUUUCUUUUUUUUGGGGGGGAGGAGAAGAUGCCUGUUGGGGAUGCUGCACCGAUUGCCCGAAGCACGGAUGUUUUCAUGGCAAUGGAAGGAAAUUAGUGCAUGCCUUGCAGGAGAUCGUAAAGUCCAGCGCCCGGGCAGCUCUCGCCCCUCGGGCGCCGCCGACCCGCGCCUCCCCGCCGACAGAUCGCAGAGUCCCCUUCGCCGCCCGUCCCACCCCCCGCCCCGCCCCCGGCCUCCCCGAUGCCGAGGCAUGGAUCAAGCGGCUGCUGUGCGUAGAGGCGCCGCGAAGAUGGUCGAGAAGAAAGAAGGCGGCGGCGGGGGCCGGGCGGCGGCGGCGGGGGCCGGUGGGCGAAGCGGCAGGCCCCCCCCGGACGGCCUCGCUUCGGGCCGGAGCCGAGCCGGCCACGCGUUGCAGCAAUGCGGGCAGCUCCAGGACCUCAUCGACAUCUCUCUCUCCAGCCUUCAGGGGCUCCGCACCAAGUGCGCCGCAUCCAACGACCUCACCCAGCAAGAGAUCCGCACCUUGGAGGUGAAACUUGUCCGCUACAUUGGCAUUCAACUGCAGUGCAAGUUGGCCGUCCCUGUGAAUGACAGGACAGUUGAGCUGAACAGUUACCCGAGGUUCAGUGACUGGCUGUAUCUUGUCAACGUGAGGAAAGACGUUGUUCAGAGGAUACCGGAAGAGUUGACCCUUGAUGCCUUACUAGAAAUGAAUGAGUCGAAAGUGAAAGACACCAUGAAGAGGUGUGGGGCCAGUCCUGAGGAAUGCUCCCGGCUCAACGGGGCUCUCGCCUGCUUACGGAAAGUGACCCGGACAGGUGGAGAGUACAAAGACGACCUUGUGUGGAAUGCGUCGGACAUGCGCCGUGAACCUGGUUUGAUGCCCCCUUCGGAACUCUCCCCCAGCCCCAUCUCACUGACAUGGACUCACGGCGCCUUGCCACCUUUGAAGGGCAACGGUCCGCAGGCCCGCUCUGUCUCCGUGUCUACAAUCCUGUCAUCGGACGUCGCCUCGAGCCAAGGCCCUCCCACCUGUGCCAAUAACCUCUUGGAGUCGUUUGCUUUGCCCACCCACUGUGGGAGGCGGAACCUUAGGACUCCCCACAACCUCGCCAUUACGCCGCCCACGACACCCCAGCUCAAGAGAGGAAAGCCGCCACGGACUCCUCCACCGCCGAGCCGGAAGGUUUUUCAACUGCUUCCCAACUUCCCGACCCUCACAAGGAGCAAAUCCCAUGAAUCGCAGCUUGGCAACAGGAUUGAUGAAGUUCCUCCGAUGAAAUUUGAUCUCCCUCAAGGAUCUCCUCAGACGGUACGAAGAGAUAUUGGUCUGUCUGUAACACACAGAUUCUCUGCAAAGUCCUGGCUCUCUCAGGUCUGCCAGGUGUGUCAGAAAAGCAUGAUGUUUGGAGUGAAGUGCAAACACUGCAGAUUAAAGUGUCAUAACAAAUGUACAAAAGAAGCCCCACCCUGUAGAAUAUCUUUCUUACCCAUAACCCGAUUAAGGCGGACAGAGUCUGUUCCUUCUGAUAUCAAUAAUCCGGUGGAGCGACCUUCAGAGCCACAGUUUGGGACUCUUCCGAAAGCUCUAACUAAAAAGGACCACCCCCCAGCAAUUAACCACCUCGACUCUAGCAGCAACCCAUCUUCCACCACCUCAUCCACGCCGUCUUCUCCAGCCCCCUUCCAGUCUUCCAACCCCCCCAGCGCAACGCCGCCCCCAAACCCAUCGCCCAUGGGCCAGCGGGACAGCCGGUUCAACUUUCCAGCUGCCUGCUACAUUCAGCAAAGACAACAGUUUAUCUUUCCAGAAAUUCCCAACACCCCCCAAGUAUCGCAGCCUCCAGAAGCUACCGAAAGCACUACUGCCGAUGAACACCUAGAGACAGAUGGCGUUGAAGAACGUGACACAGAGCACGUGGAAGACCAUGAACCGAACAAAUCGGAAGCUGAGGAUGACGAAGACGAGAUUGAUGAUCUGCCGAGCCGGCGAACCUAUCGGCGAGGGAAGAUGUUCCGAAACCCUAGCCAGACCAGCGUCUACCUGCAGGAAUGGGACAUCCCCUUUGAGCAGAUUGAACUGGGUGAUCCUAUUGGCCAAGGGCGGUGGGGCAAGGUUUACCGGGGGAGAUGGCAUGGAGAGGUGGCCAUCCGGUUGCUGGAGAUCGAUGGGAAUAAUCAGGACCAUCUGAAACUGUUCAAGAAAGAGGUGAUGAAUUACAGGCAAACCAGACAUGAGAAUGUGGUGCUUUUCAUGGGGGCCUGCAUGAAUCCCCCUCACCUAGCAAUCAUUACAAGUUUCUGCAAAGGAAGAACACUUCAUUCAUUUGUAAGGGACCCUAAAAUAUCUUUGGAUAUAAACAAGACCAGGCAGAUAGCCCAGGAGAUCAUUAAGGGCAUGGGAUACCUCCACGCCAAAGGGAUUGUCCAUAAAGAUCUCAAGUCCAAGAACGUUUUCUAUGAAAAUGGAAAAGUUGUGAUCACAGACUUUGGUCUGUUUGGAAUUUCUGGCGUGGUUCAGGAGGGAAGGCGCGAGAACGAGCUGAAACUGCCCCAUGAUUGGCUGUGCUACCUGGCCCCAGAGAUCGUGCGGGAGAUGGCUCCUGGGAAGGAUGAAGACAAGCUUCCUUUCUCCAAAGCAGCAGAUGUCUAUGCCUUUGGGACCGUGUGGUACGAGCUCCAAGCCAGAGAGUGGCCAUUUAGGAACCAGCCGGCAGAGGCAUUGAUCUGGCAGAUUGGGAGCGGCGAGGGCGUGAAGCAGGUCCUCUCCACAAGUAGCUUGGGGAAAGAAGUUGGCGAAAUACUCUCCGCAUGUUGGUCUUUUGAUGUUGAUGAGCGGCCCAGCUUCACCCUCUUGAUGGAAAUGCUUGAAAAACUGCCAAAACUCAACCGGAGGCUCUCUCAUCCAGGACAUUUCUGGAAAUCAGCCGACAUUAACAGUAGCAAAGUUGCCAUCCGGUUUGAACGAUUUGCCUUGGGAGAUCUGGAAUCCAGCAAUCAAAAGAUAUAGCUUGGUGUGUAUUAAUGGUCAUUUUUUAAGAAAAUGAUCUGUUAUCUGUUAUCGCUCACAGCUGGAAGAGUCUGUUGGAGUUCUCUGUGGAAGCUUACCAAAUAACAGAAGGGGCAGGGGGGCAGGACACGCCCCAGCCUCCCAGUGAUAUUUCAUUUUGACUUUUGUUACAUUUGCUUCUGUUGUCUUCACGUCUUCUUUACUUUAAAAAUGUUUACAUUCUAAUUGAUUGUUUUUCCCCCCUCCCCUGUGUGAAUUCUCUUUUUCGUGGUUAAUAAUAAAUGUGAUGUAAGGUUUGAUAUAUGAAAAGAUUAAAUCAAUUUUCCCCUCCCCAAAUGUUAAAAGGCAUUGUUAAUACAACCUGGCUAUGAAUCUUGGUUUCGUCUGUGAAAUAGUGAAGGUUUUAAAUUUUGCCCGUGAAAACUUCUGUUUGAAGUGAAGGCUGCACACAGUACAGGGCAUGUCUGCAUGCAAAAAUUCAAACCAGUUUGAAAAUUGUUCUGCCUCCACAGCUUUGGGAAUGGUUGCUUUUGUAAAGGAGUGGGGAAAAAUCCCAUCCUCCCUUUUAAGAAAUAUGCUCUCCCAGUCUAACUAGUUUGGAGAACAACAGCUGUUAAGCAGAACUUUAAAGAGGUUUAAAUUUUAACCCUUUUUUUGCUUUUUAAAACAUUCAGAAGCUGCUGAAGCAAAAUGGAACUAACUCUCUGGGCAGCUCUACACCAUACGUUUGAAGCACAUCUGACGUGCAUUUAAAGCACACGACUUCCCCAAAGUAUUCUGAGAACUGUCGUUUGUUUAGGAUGCUGGGAAUUUGUGAGGAGAAAACCAUCGUUUCCAGUAUUUGGGGGGGGGGAAGUCAUGUACUUUAAAAGGCCGGGAUUGUUGUGAUAAGAUUUUCCAAGUGUGAAAUGUUGUGUAAGGAACAACCGUGAGAGUGCAACUUGGAGAAUUCUCCUGCUUGUUCCUUUGCUACGGGGCUUGUGCUUGCUGCUGUUUUAAAUUCAUUGCUGACUUGCAAGCCCUGCUUACUUUCCAGAGGGCUGGAUCCUUCUGACAUCAUAUGACACAAAGCGAUUGACAGGUCAGUAGACCUGUCAAAAGUGCCCGGGGGGGGGUAGCCACUUUUGGAUCUGGCCAACUGGACAAAAGAGGCUCCUCAACCACAACACAGAGAGUAGCGGUUGAUAACUUUUUUGAAAGCAAGCUUCCUACCUCUCAUUAUUUUGGGGGGAUUGGUGUUGGAGGUAUGUAAGAAGUUUGGCCCUCCAGAUGUUGCUGAACUACAACUCCUGUCAGCCGCAGCAAGCAUGGCCAAUGGCCAGGGAAUGAUGGAAGUUGUAGCUCAGCAACAAAGGGAAGUGGCUAGCAUCUAAAACCGGAAAUAUGAGGGGGAGAAACCAAGAUGCUAGAAAAAUAUGUUUUAUUUGUAAUCCUGACGCGUUUCAGCCUUGUAUAUUUAGGUUUUCAUCAGGGCUGUAGAUAAAAAGGCAGGGACAGAUUUCACUCAGUGAACAUGUAAAACAUCAUACAUAUAAACCCCAUCUAUAAAACAUCUUUUCACUUACAGUGAAGGCUGAUGUACAAUAUCUUCCAAUGAGCAAAACUGCUUUCACCAAUACAAACGCCUCAGAAAAGAGUUCAUUAGGCCUGUACAUAUAUAUAACCAGAGAUUGUGAUGCCGGUAAAACCACUAAAAAAUUACUCAAAAAUUAUAUGAUGACAAACACCUGAAUAAAGAGAACCUGCAAGGGAUCCUGGAUAUCUUCUAAACUUCAUAAGAGAGGAAGAAAUUCUAGCUCCUCAUUAAGACCACUAAGGGUCUUCGUUUUGGAUUACAAAUAAAACAUAUUUUUCUAGCAUCCUGGUUUCUCCCCCUCAUAUUUCUGGAAGUUGUAGCUCAGCAACAUCUGGAGGGCCAAAGGUUCCCCACACCUGUACUUCUUAAACAGCUACUUGUGAUUCCCUCAUAAUCACUAUUUCCCACUCUUUGAAACAGAGCUGAGCAACCUGUGGUCCUUCAGGUGUGUUUGGCACCUAUCAGCCCUGACCAUUGACCAUGCUGUCUGGGCCUGAUGGAAUCCAGUGACAUCCGUAGGACCAUAAAUUGCCCCACCUCUAUCUUACGGGCUCCCUAAACCUGUGUCACCUUGCAUCCUUCUUCUUGAAGGAGUGGAGACACUCAAUUUGCUUUUUCACUGGCAUAAUAAAUGUUAAAUAUUAAAGCCAGUUUCUUGGCUUUGUAUAAUUCUAGGUCCAUAUUUUAGGGUGCUUGGAUGCAAUGGUUUUUUCAUACAAUUUUGGUUUAACUAACGGCUCUAAUAAAUGCACUUUUUCUUAUUAAAAAAGAAAAGACUACAAGAACCAUUUCCAAAACAGGUAGGGUAUGGUAGUUGGUUACUCCUGAGGUGGUGUCACAGGCACUGUCCAGUAGGUCCUCUGCGACAAGAUACAAACAUCUCACAUAGUAGCGGUUGUGUUGGCUGUCGACUGGUCUUGCCAUUUUGUUAUAAGACUGUUAACAAAGGGAGUGGGGAAUCCUGGACCUUUUGAGGCUUCUGCAGGGUGACAUUUGUUUGAGGUUCAUCCUGAACACUUGGCCACGCUUGGAAGUGUUGACAAACGGACACCCAAUUCUGUGUGAUAAGCCUGAGAGGGUUUGUGUCAUUUUAAAGAAGAUGGGCUCUAGCAGAACCUCUUUCUAGAAGAGCACUUAAAUAUGGUAGCUUGACACUGAAGAUAUUUUAGAGAAAAGUGUGAUGAUAGAGGAGACCACUGUCCUAUCCAGAUCCCACUUUUUUUUUUAAAGCAACGGGGAAGAGAAAGAGGUGUUUUCUGUUUCCUUCAAUGCUCUGUAAGAGUUUGUUAACCUCUGGAAGCUACAUUAACUUCCUUGGCCCUCUGAGAUCAUUCUCUCUGUUUAAUGAAAGAUUUGAUGGGGGGGGGUCUCACAUAACUGAAUGCUCCAUAUCCAAACAUAGAAAGCUAGCAUGUCAGGGACAAGGAUUCUAAUCUCUGCCAUGUUCAAUUUUUAUUAACAGGGAUUUUGUGUGUGGUAUAAAUGAACAUUCAGCUCCCACACCCCCUAGUUUGAUGCAAAUGGUUCUGUUUAAGCCACUUAAUAUCUGCAAUGCAACAGAUGGGCUCAAUUUUGACUGAUUUAUCGGAACAUAUUUCUGUAUAUUUACUGGUUUGGGGUUCACCCCGCCUUAGCACACCAGGUCCUUGGGGUGUCUAAUAAACAGAGAUUCAACCACGCUUAUAGGGAAGAAAGGCCGCUUUCACCUUGCCUGGGGUUCAGACCCUUGCCGCCAAUGGGAAGCUUUCUUCCUAAGCAUUCUUAGGAAAUUUCCUGCUGUGCUGGGGAGGGAAAUGUAACCCUCCCCUCACCAUGUGCUGCAUUCUCAGUAAGGAUCACCCCCUCCCUCAGAAAUGCCUGUAACCAAUAAAGCUAAAAAGGAAGAUGAAGCAAUUUGGUAUGCCUUAAACAUAACGUGUAGUUUGGCCCAAGAGACUUGGAGCAUGGCAUGAUGGGAAUAUCCCUCUAUUCCCAGCAUCUGGUUAGCCUAUCUUAGGGGUGGCUAACCUCUGGCCUUUCAGAUGUUGUUGGACUCCCAACUUCUGUUAGCCGGCAUGGCCAGUCGUCAGGGAUGACGGUAAUCGGGAGUCCAGCAACAUCCGGAUGGCCAGAGAUUAGCCAUCCCUGGAAAGAGAGAGGACUCUCUUAAAUUAUGUUGGCUACUGGUCCUUGAUAGCUCCAUCUUCCACAAUUUUUUUUCUAAUCCUUUCCUUUAAAGCCAUUUUAAGAUUUAAGAUGCUUGACGUAAACUCAAAUAUUUGUCCAUUUAGAAUAUGCCAACGGACAGCCAAUAAAUGAUCUUGUGUGACCCCAUCGCUGUUUACACUGUUGUAAAUCUGGGCCAGCAGGAAGUUGAUGGUGGGGGGUUGGUGUCCUUUUUUAAGGCAGUCAUUCUAUACCCGCUUAUCUGGAGCAAGCCCAGUUGAACUCAAUGGGACUUCCUUUUAAGUAGAGACUUAUAGGAUUACACUGUAGAUUGCACCAGGGGUGCUGAACAGAAAACAAGGGGAUCCUUGCACCAUUGUUUCUGAUUAUUUGUAACUGUUCCUUCUUGUGGUGAUUGUAAGGGAGUGAAUUAGCACUGUGAGGUCAUAUCAUUUUUUUUUUGGUGAAGCUGUACGUUAAGGAUCUCCUGAGCCACAACUUCGACGGUGUAUGUAAAAUGAAGUUCUGUAAUAUUGGUGAAAAUUGACUUUUUUUUCCUUUUCAAAUGUAAUGUAAACUUUGUACAGUAAAUAUAUUAUAAAUAUAUAUAUAUAAAUAUAAAUAUAUUUUCUAUCAACUGAGUUUGUCUUCCAGAAUGGCUAUUAAUUUAAUUUUUAAAAAAGAAUUGUUAGUAUUAACUAAGAGCUCUUAGUUUGUGCAACUGUUAAAAAGAGAGGAAAAAAGAAAUACAUUCUAUGCUAAUGAAAUUCUGGAUAUUUUAGAGUUCUUUUAAGUGAAUAAAACUUGGCUCUGGAUGACCUAAAGUUAUGUGGUUGUGUGUGUGUGUGUGUGUUUAAGAGCCCGUCUGUAUAUUUUUUAAGUAAAAUGACCUCAAAGGUCAUCUAGUCCAACCCCUGCUGAUACAGGAACUAGUGCAAUAUCCCUAAUAGGUAGCCAUCCAACCUCUGCUUAAAAACCCUCUAAUGAAGCCCACCAUCUUCCAAGGCAGCCUGCUCCACUGUCAAGCAGCCUAUUUGUUGUGGCCCUCUAGAUGUUGCUGGACUACAAAUCCCAUCAUCCCUGACCAUUGGCCAUGCUGGCUGGGGCUGAUGGGAGUUGCAGUCCAACAACAUUUGGAGGGCCACAGGUUCCCCAUAGCUGGCUUCCCUGAGCAGCUAGAUGUUAACAGGAGCAGCUGGUCCAAGGUCUAUUUCCUUCUGAAGAGAGCCCCAUUAUAUCAUUGUGAUUCGAGCUGAUUUGCAAGUCGAGAAUGAGAAAGCAGCCAAGCCCCUAAACGCUCCCCUAAUCCAGAAAUGCACUUUGCCUCUUCUGUCAUCACCCCCAACCCCAAAUACAUUUUUCCUUCCUGAUGCUGCUAUUGCAUGAGCAUAAGGAGAUGGAUCUCUGCACUCCUGUGGUGCAAUCUCACCCCUUGUAUAUCCAAUUGAGCACUGCUGUCUCUCAGUGAUGGCCAUCUCAUCAGGAGGACCCUUCCACACAACAUAGGAAUUGGGCCUUUAGUGUGGUGGCACCUGCCCUUUGAAAUUCCCUUUAAAAGCUGCUGGCUCUGUGGUCUUUUUGGCAUCUACUAAAGGCCUUCCUCUUUCAACAAGCCUUUGAAGCAGAGACCUUUAUCUAAGCCUGCAACUAUAUUGGAAUUGUUUUAAUGUAUCAUACGGAAAGCAGGAUUGGACCAAGAUGAAGGAGGUGUGAAAAUUGGAGGGAGAAAUAUCAAUAAUUUAAGAUAUGCAGACGAUACCAUACUACUAGCAGAAACCAGUAAUGAUUUGAAACGAAUGCUGAUGAAAGUUAAAGAGGAAAGCACAAAAGCAGGACUACAGACUAAAGUAAUGACAACAGAAGUUUUAUGUAACUUUAAAGUUGACAAUGAGGACAUUGAAUUUGUCAAGGAUUAUCAAUACCUCGGCACAGUCAUUAACCAAAAUGGAGACAAUAGUCAAGAAAUCAGAGGAAGGCUAGGACUGGGGAGGGCAGCUGUGAGAGGUCCUCAAAUGCAAAGAUGUAUAGCUGAACACUAAAGUCAGGAUCAUUCAGACCAUGGUAUUGCCAAUUUGUAUGUAUGGAUGUGAAAGUUGGACAGGGAAAAAAGUGGAUAAGAGAAAAAUCAACUCAUUUGAAAUGUGGUGCUGGAGGAGAGCUUUGCACAUACCAUGGAGUGCGAAAAAAAUAAUUGGGUGUUAGAACAAAUUAGACCAGAACUAUCACUAGAAGCUAAAAUGAUGAAACUGAAGUUAUCAUUCUUUGUACACAUCAUGAGAAGACAUGAUUCAUUAGAAAAGAUAAUAAUGCUGGGGAAAACAGAAGGGAGUAGAAAAAGAGGAAGGCCAAACAAGAGAUGGAUUGAUUCCAUAAAGGAAGCCACACACCUGAACUUACAAGAUCUGAACAGGGUGAUUCAUGACACAUGCUCUUGGAGGUCGCUGAUUCAUAGGGUCGCCAUAAGUCGCAGUCGACUUGGAGGCACAUAACAACAUUUAUUUCAUAGCAGGGGUGCUGAUGCCAUUGCCCAGAACGCUACUUGCCAAUCCUCUGCAUGCCAGAUAAAUUAAGCUUUUCUCAGAGAGAGAGAGAGAGACCAAAUAAGGUAAGCAGAGGAAGAGAUAGGUUGCAUUGGCAUGCAUGGCUAAGGGUACCACUGCCCCCUUUUUUAAUGUGGCCCCCAAAUUAUGGAAUGAUCCUGCUGAUGAGGUGCGCCUGGCGCCAACACUGUUAUCUUUUCGGCGCCAGGUCAAGACUUUCCUCUUCUCCCAGGCAUUUUAGCAUGUGUUUUUAAAUUGUUUUUAUAUUGUUUUGAAUUUUAAAAUUGUGUUUUAAAUUGUUUUUAAAAUA